AGCCGUUUGCUGAUUCUUCAAUAUAUAUCAUCAUACUCCUCAUCUGCGUCCAACAGGUUUGAAACCAUCAUGGGGAAGAAGUCCAGAAGGUUAAAGGACGCAAGAAAGUCUGGCAUCAGUGAGGAUUGCUGUGCUCUUUGCAGGCGCAGUGAUGACGACCCGGCCAUGUUUGGAGAGAAGGUCAAACUGGAGGAGGAGAACUUCUCCGUCCAUUACUUCUGUCUGCUGACGUCGAGUGGAGUUUACCAGCGAGGAGAAGAGAGCGAAGGCGUCUUUGGUUUCCUGGUGGAUGACAUCAAACAGGAGAUCCGAAGGGCCUCUCGCCUGACGUGUUUUGGUUGCAAGAAGAAGGGAGCAUGCGCCGGCUGCAACGUCAGGAGCUGCAGGAGGGUGGUCCACUUCCCCUGUGGGAGGAACCAGAUGUUCAUCACUCAGUUCACCGAGAUGUUCCCGUCUUACUGUCAGGACCACAGUCCCACUCAGACCCUCAGCGUGGACUCAGACUUCAGCCUGCCUCAGUCCUGCUCCAUCUGCUUGGACUCCAUCGAUCCCAUCCUGUCCUACUCUGUCCUCAAGUGUCCGUCCUGCCAUACCAGCUGGUUCCACAGAGACUGUGUGCAGCGUCAGGCCCACAGUGCAGGACUCUUCUUCUUCAGAUGUACUCUCUGCAACAACAAGGAGAACUUCCAGGAGGAGAUGGUCAGGAUGGGAAUAUACAUCCCAGAACGAGAUGCAUCAUGGGAAUUGGAGGCAAAUGCAUAUUCAGAGCUGCUGGAGGUGUAUAACCGCUGCGACUCUGUCCCCUGCCUCUGCAGCAGUGGACGCACACACUCUGCUAAGAAAGGGUGGUUUGAGUUGAUCCGGUGCUGCCUGUGUGGAUCCAAAGGAACUCACCGAAAAUGUUCAGGGCUGAAGGUGGACACCAUUGACUGGGCCUGCAGCGACUGCAUCAAUGCCACGGAUGGGAAAGCAUCUCUGGUAGCCUCGCCUCAGGGCGGCCAGAAGAGAAGCCUGCUUUCCAAGCGCCACCUGUCUCCCAUGCCAUCUCCGAUUGGCUAUAAAAGACCGUGUACACCGGUAAGACCUAAAUCUCCUGAGGAGUUGCUCCGGUCUCUGCUUCCUCACCGAUACCCUGUCAGCACCCAGGUGGAGGUGCACGGAGACCAGGCGCUGUUGGCGGGUCUGGAGCUGGUCCGAAGGGCCGACUUUGACCCAUUGCAUUCGCUGUCCGUCUGCUUCAGAGACCUGCAGUCCACCGCCCCCCUCAGCACUGCCUGCGACGGAGAAGCAGACAGGAAACACUUCCUGAAGCUGCUGAUGGAGCAGAUCCAGAACUCAGUUGUGUUUGAGGGUCCGAGCAGUUCCAAGAAUCUGGCGCUGGACUCCCAGGCCCUGCGUGAAGAUCUGUACUUUGACAUCGGCUCCCUGCUGGCUCUCUGUCUGGUCCACGGCGGUUCGCCCAUUGGCUUCUUCUCCCACGCCCUCUAUCAGUGUCUGUUCAACUACCCAGCCAACCGCCCCCUAACUCUGAACCACAUGACCCCCAACACGCACUUCACCCAGCAGGUCCAUCAGAUCGCUGCCGCCCAGAGUUUAGAUGAGCUGAAGGAAGCCACGAGGAAGAGCUGGGAGUACCUGGAGCUGGCUGGCUGUAACAGACUGGUCACCAGACUGGAAGACAGGGAGGCUCUGGUGGAAGACCUGGUCAACUUCACCAUGAUCACCAGGAUGCAGCUGCCGCUGCAGAGGUUGCGGGAAGGUCUGCACACGUUGGGCGUUUUUGAUCAGGUUCAGCUCAUCCCGUCCGUCUUCUUCAGUGUUUUCUGUGAGGCUGCAGAGCCGCUCACUGCAGAAACGCUCAGCCAGCUCUUCACCGUCAGCUUCUCCGAGCAGGAGGACAAACUGAACCUGGAGACGCCUGUGGUCACCUUCUGGAGACACUUUCUGCUGGAGUGUGAGGUUGGAAGGAGCUCCGUCUCCCUUGAGGACGUCCUCCGCUUUGCCACCGGCGCCAACAAGCUACCAGCAGCCGGCCUCUUCCCGCCGCCCUCCAUUUCCUUACUCCACCGUCCACCCCCCUACCGGGUGGGGUUGAAGGAGCAGAGGGAGGGAGUAGAGCAGUGGUUGGAUGAAGGGCUCUUCCCUCAGAGCAAACCCAUGUCCAACAAGCUCCUGCUGCCUGUUACCUCCACCUACAAGGCUUUUAAAUGCUCCAUGGAGCAGGCCAUCAGCCAUCACAUCCACCUCUUCCCUUUGGACGCCUAGACGGCAAAGUGCCUUUCGUUUUUUUUACAUCCACCAUCGUUAUGGAGUUCUUUUGUUUUGUUUCUUGUACCGUCUUGUUUCCUGAAGUCAAAUGUUUUCUUCAGGGUGUCAGAAGGUUAAUGUAACCAGAUCAAGGCUUAGAUCAAAAAGAAAGUUUCCAUCUUUACAAUCUUUCUCCAAGUUCUUAGUUUGAAAACGUUUCAGAGCAGGAAGGUUUUCUGGCCUCCCUCUGCUGUCGAUUCCUUCUGGCUUCAGUUUAGGCUGCAGAGAAUCAGGAAAACAUGACGACUCUUUCCACUGUGAUUGACAAACGGUGAUGAGGCUGUUUCCAUUUAUUCCGCAGCUGUAGCUUCAGGUGAAACUUCUCUGAACCCGGCAAUGCUAAUUCUUAGCAGUUCUUGGGUUCUGGACCAGCUGGUGACUCCAACUGGAAGAUCUUGUUCUCUACCGCUGACACUCAUCUGAAAAAGAGCUUUGAUUAAUUUUUUGUUAAAACUAGACCACGUUUAAAAAUUGAAAUGUGACAUGAGGAUCCUGGACUGGUUUUAUUCAAGGCCAUUCCCUUUUAGUUAAACCAGACGUGUUCCUAAUCAGUGGGAAAUGUCUGAAUGGUUUUAAUGGCAUUGUUGUUUCUGGAUGAGCAAAACUGAGAACUGGACCAAAACCAGCUAACUGUAAAUGUCUGGAUCUUUGCAGCUUAACCUCUGAGUCCUUUCUUGGUUUUUUUGUCGCUUCUGUCUGUACCUGUUGUUAUUUGUACAGUGCUGACUUUAUAUCUUUGCUCUGACUUUAGCAUUUAGUUCCUUCCUGUUUAUGUUUGUUUUUCUGUUGUUUUUUUUUUUAAAGUUUGAUUCUUGCCGUCA